CAAAGGUACUUAAAACCCUAACCGCCGUCCUCCGUCCUCCUCUGGGUACCAACUCUAUUGCGCUGCGCACUGCCGUGCGUUUAACCCAGGCGAGGAGGAGGAGGAGAAAAUUCCCCCAGAUCCGGGCAGGUCUGUCUGCCUUUUUGGCCCUGCACAGCUACAAGCUUGGUGGAAAAGGGCAAACUGCUCCUGCUCCCAGCAGGUCCUGCUUGGCUUGGAGUCUCUGCAGAACUUGCGAGCCUGAGCUGAAGUGCCUUGCCCUGACGUGUACACAUCCCGCUUGGGCAAGUCAGUUCCACGCCUGAUCAGAGAAUCAUUCCAGCUGUACCAUGAGCCGAGUUCGGGAUGCUGGCUGUGUAGCCGCUGGGAUAGUGAUCGGGGCAAGUGCCUGGUACUGUGUCUACAAAUACACCAGGCGAAGAAACCAGACGAAGAAGAGACUGGCUAAGCCCAAGACCAGGGCUUUGACCGGGACUGGAGCCAAGGCUAAAGCCGGACUAAGGGCUGGAUUCACAAUCGACCUUGGACCAGGAUUUAGUCCCCCAACCCAAGUCCGUGGUGGAGCAAAGGACAGGGCCCAGGAUGAAGCCUCUGCCCUGGAUGUGGCUGGAGCUGAGACAGUGGCCCCAGCUGCAUCCAGUACUGAGGCUCAGAGUGGAGCAAGAAGUCUGGCACAGGAGGCAGAAGCGGUCUGCAUUGAGCCUAAGGCUGAAUCAGUAGUUGAGGUGGAAGUGGCUUCUAUAAUGGUACCACCUCCUGGGGAGGCAGAAGCCCCCAAAAUGGCUGGGGCUCCCAAAUUUGCAGAAUCCCCUAACACAGCAGAAGUUCCUGGGGCACCAGUGGUGUCUCCCAGAAUGCCAGCACCUACUGAGGCAGCAGCACUUACCGAGGCUGCAGAGACUCCAGUACCAGCAACACUUACUGGGGUGGCAGGGCCUUCUGGAGCCACAGCGCCUUUUGGAGCAGCAGUGCCUUCUGGGGCGGCAGCGCCUACGGGGGCUGCAGAGGCUCCUGGGACCUCAGGUUCCCCUAAAACAGUGGCAGCCACCAAGAAAGCGACCCCUGGUGCUCAUAGUGGGGCUAUACCUAAAGCCGGGUCAGCGACUGGAGCUGUACCCAAAGGUGGUGCCAAGGGUGGAAACAGGUCCAGGCCUGGAGGCAGGGGGAAGGGGAGGAAAACCAACAAGGUUGAAGUAGACGAAUUGGGGCUGGGCUUCCGCCCUGGGGAUGGAGCUGCAGCAGCUGCUGCAGCCUCAGCUAAUGGGGGACAGGCUUUCCUGGCAGAGGUCCCUGAUUCUGAGGAAGGGGAGUCCGGGUGGACUGACACAGAGUCUGAGUCAGACUCUGAGCCUGAGACCCAGCAGAGAGGGAGAGGGAGGAGGCCUGUUCCCAUGCAGAAGCGCCCUUUUCCUUAUGAAAUUGAUGAGAUUCUGGGUGUCCGAGAUCUCAGGAAAGUCCUUGCUUUGCUUCAGAAAUCAGAUGAUCCUUUCAUCCAACAGGUAGCUUUGCUCACUCUGAGCAACAAUGCCAAUUAUUCAUGCAACCAAGACACAAUUCGCAAAUUGGGAGGCCUCCCAAUUAUUGCAAACAUGAUCAACAAAACUGAUCCCCAUAUUAAGGAAAAAGCCUUAAUGGCCAUGAAUAACCUGAGUGAGAAUUAUGAAAAUCAGGGCCGGCUUCAGGUAUACAUGAAUAAAGUAAUGGAUGAUAUCAUGGCCUCGAACCUGAACUCAGCGGUACAGGUAGUUGGACUAAAAUUUUUAACAAACAUGACUAUUACUAAUGACUACCAGCACCUGCUUGUCAAUUCUAUUGCAAACUUUUUCCGUUUGUUAUCUCAGGGAGGUGGAAAAAUCAAGGUUGAGAUUUUGAAAAUACUUUCAAAUUUUGCUGAAAAUCCAGACAUGUUAAAAAAGCUGCUCAGUACCCAAGUGCCAUCAUCAUUUAGUUCCCUCUAUAAUUCUUAUGUGGAAUCAGAAAUUCUUAUUAAUGCCCUUACUCUAUUUGAGAUCAUCUAUGACAAUCUCAGAGCAGAAGUAUUCAACUACAGAGAAUUCAAUAAAGGUUCCCUUUUUUACUUGUGCACUACAUCUGGAGUAUGUGUUAAGAAAAUUCGAGCCUUAGCAGAUCACCAUGACCUCUUGGUGAAAGUGAAAGUUAUAAAACUAGUGGACAAAUUUUGAUUGGCUAUGUGCUCUCAAAAGACUUGAAAUAAUUUCUUGGUUUUGCAGUCUGGAAGCAAUUAAAAUCAAAAGUUACUGCUUUUCCACUUGCUCAUACAGUAAAGGGAUCCUUCCAGCUGCCAGUUGUGAAUAAUGUAUCAUCCAGAGUGAUGUUAUCUGUGACAGUCUCCAGCUUUAAGCUGAACCAUUUUAUGAAUACCAAAUAAAUAGUCCUCUUGUAAUGAAAACACAUUUGUGACUUUAAUCAUGCUGCUUGAAUGGAAAUAUUUUUACUGGUUCCUCUAUGUUAAUUGACAGUGAACCUGUCGAUCAUGAAUAGCCUACACUUCUAUCAUUUGUUUUGACUUGAAUUUAUCCACCAAAGACUUCA